UUCCCCCCUCGUCGUCUUCCCAGCCGCUGGCUUCCCAUCGUGCUCCGCGGCCGUGUGGAGCGAGGCCUUGUUCCCGCGUUGAGCCGCCGCCGCCGCCGCCUCCUCAGCUUGAAGCCUCCGCGCCAGGCCCGUCCGCGCCGCUCCAUGUCGGACUACAGCACCGGAGGCCCCCCGCCCGGCCCGCCGCCGCCGGCAGGAGGCGGCGGAGGAGCCGCGGGUGCGGGAGGAGGCCCUCCGCCGGGCCCGCCGGGCGCGGGAGACCGGGGCGGCGGAGGCCCCGGCGGCGGCGGCCCGGGUGGAGGAGGCGCGUCCGGGGGCCCCUCGCAGCCUCCCGGUAGUGGCGGCCCGGGGAUCCGCAAGGACGCCUUCGCCGACGCCGUGCAGCGGGCCCGCCAGAUUGCAGCCAAAAUCGGAGGUGAUGCUGCUACCACCGUGAAUAACAACACUCCCGAUUUCAGUUUUGGGGGCCAAAAGAGACAGCUGGAAGAUGGAGACCAGCCAGACAGCAAGAAACUGGCUUCCCAGGGAGACUCAAUUGGUUCUCAACUGGGACCCAUCCAUCCUCCCCCCAGGACCUCAAUGACAGAAGAGUAUAGGGUCCCGGACGGCAUGGUGGGCUUGAUCAUUGGCAGAGGUGGUGAGCAGAUUAACAAAAUCCAGCAGGACUCAGGCUGCAAAGUCCAGAUCUCACCAGAUAGUGGUGGCCUCCCUGAACGCAGUGUGUCCCUGACUGGAGCCCCUGAGUCUGUCCAGAAGGCGAAGAUGAUGCUAGAUGACAUUGUAUCGAGAGGCCGUGGAGGACCCCCAGGACAGUUCCAUGAUAAUGCCAAUGGGGGUCAGAAUGGCACAGUGCAAGAGAUCAUGAUCCCUGCUGGCAAGGCUGGCCUGGUCAUUGGCAAGGGUGGGGAGACCAUCAAACAGCUGCAGGAGCGUGCCGGGGUGAAGAUGAUUUUAAUUCAGGAUGGCUCCCAGAAUACAAACGUGGACAAGCCACUGCGGAUCAUCGGGGACCCGUACAAAGUGCAGCAAGCCUGUGAAAUGGUGAUGGACAUCCUCCGAGAACGUGACCAGGGUGGCUUUGGGGACCGCAAUGAGUACGGAUCUCGAGUUGGUGGAGGCAUUGAUGUACCUGUACCCCGGCAUUCAGUUGGUGUAGUCAUUGGCCGGAGUGGAGAGAUGAUCAAGAAGAUCCAGAAUGACGCCGGCGUUCGCAUCCAGUUCAAGCAAGAUGACGGGACAGGCCCCGAGAAGAUUGCUCACAUCAUGGGGCCCCCAGAUCGGUGUGAGCAUGCAGCCCGGAUCAUCAAUGACCUCCUCCAGAGUCUUCGGAGUGGGCCCCCAGGUCCUCCAGGGGCACCUGGCAUGCCCCCUGGGGGUAGGGGCCGGGGCCGAGGCCAAGGCAACUGGGGCCCUCCUGGAGGGGAGAUGACCUUCUCCAUUCCUACCCACAAGUGUGGGUUGGUCAUUGGCCGAGGUGGUGAGAACGUGAAGGCCAUCAACCAGCAGACAGGCGCCUUUGUGGAGAUAUCUCGGCAGCUGCCACCCAAUGGGGACCCCAACUUCAAGUUGUUCGUCAUCCGGGGCUCACCCCAGCAGAUUGACCAUGCAAAGCAGCUCAUUGAAGAGAAGAUAGAGGGUCCCCUCUGCCCAGUUGGACCGGGCCCUGGAGGACCAGGCCCUGCUGGACCUAUGGGGCCUUUCAACCCUGGACCCUUCAACCAGGGGCCCCCGGGAGCACCCCCACAUGCCGGUGGCCCCCCUCCUCACCAGUACCCGCCUCAGGGCUGGGGCAAUACCUACCCCCAGUGGCAACCGCCUGCCCCCCACGACCCAAACAAAGCUGCCGCAGCGGCUGCAGACCCCAAUGCUGCCUGGGCCGCCUACUACUCCCACUACUACCAGCAACCCCCAGGUCCUGUGCCAGGCCCUGCCCCAGCCCCCGCAGCCCCACCUGCGCAGGGGGAGCCCCCCCAGCCCCCACCCACUGGCCAGUCGGACUACACCAAGGCCUGGGAAGAGUAUUACAAGAAAAUUGGCCAGCAGCCCCAGCAGCCCGGAGCACCCCCCCAGCAGGACUACACCAAGGCCUGGGAGGAGUACUACAAGAAGCAAGCGCAAGUGGCCACGGGUGGGGGUCCUGGAGCACCCCCUGGCUCUCAGCCCGACUACAGUGCUGCCUGGGCGGAGUAUUACAGACAGCAGGCCGCUUACUACGGACAGACCCCAGGCCCUGGUGGCCCGCAGCCACCUCCCACCCAGCAGGGACAGCAGCAGGCAAGUGGGAACUGCCACCCUCCUCCUCCUCCUUUCUCCUUCCAACCCCCGGCCACCGUCCAUCCUGCCUUAGUGGGUAGCGCCGGAAACCCUUUCCCCUGCGGGGUGUGCCCUUGAUGCCAGCCUCGGGCGUGUGGCCAGAGUCUCCCGGAGCCCCACAGCCCCGCCGCUGGGAAGCGCCCGCUGGGUGCAGAGGCUCACGGAAGAGGCUCCUCCGGCAGCUGCUGUUGGUGCAACGUUGUCGGGUGCUGGGGGCACCGGCCGAAAAGGUGGAACUCUGAACUGCUGGGGUGUCCCGGGUGGGGGCAGGAAGUGGGGACUGCGCUGAGCGCCACGCCGGUUGCUGAACCCGCUCGCUCAAAAUCUGGCCACUUGGGAAGAAAAUGUCUAUUUUUUUUCCCCUUCUCAGCAUCACUAUUUUGGGUUUUGUUCUUUUUUAUUCUUUUAUUUUUUUAAAACCACCAUCUUUAUCCCCCAUGUCCAAGUAACUGCGUGUUGCAGGCGGCCCUGGCUCUGCUGGGAUGGAAGGGAGCCCAUUGAGGGGACUGGGCCCUCCCUGCCCGGCGAGGCCACCUCUUGUGCACUUGCCUCUGUGUCCUGGUCUUGUCUGUGAAGUGGGCAUGACGAUCGUUGCCACCUUCCAACCUACCUCACAGGGGUGUUGUGGGGACACCGUGAUCUGAAUGUUGUGACGCCGCCGAGCCGCCCGCCGCCUCCUCCCUCCUCUGCCCCUCCCCCACCCUGGCACUUCUUCCUUGUGCGCCCCUUCCAUGCCUCUGGCUUCUUCUGCUGCAGACCCCCCUUCUCCUCUUCCUCCUCCUCCUGCUUCUCCUCCACCAAGGAGCAGUCUGACUUCAGCGGAGUCCCCAAGACAGACAGUCACAGCCCCUGCCUGGCCUGUGCAGGCUUGGGCCCGGCCUCCUGGCCCGCUGCCUGAGUGGCAGCCUCUUGCAGCCCAGCCGCCCCCUGCCAUGACUGUCCCUGUCUCUCCCUCUCCGCAGGCAAUUGAAGCAAAUGGAUAUGAACUUCAUCUGUGAACAUAUUUUCCCUCCAUUUUUGUUCCAUUUGGGGGCUUCUUUUAUUGGUUUCUAUAUUUGAUUGGUUUGGUGAGAGAGCAACGGCCGCCUGGGGUGGAGGGGUCCCCCUCAUGCUGAGGCAGUCCCUCUCUCAUUCUGUGUCUCACAUCUUUUUCCUUCCAAAAUCGGGAUCCUUCAUGUUGAGCCAGCCUUAGAAAAUAGCGAGAAUUUAACCUCUGCCAAAAAAAAAAAAAAAAAAGUUUAAAAAUUAAAUCACAAAGAGCAGAACAAACCUAUAAAGUGAUAUAUAUAUAGAAAUAUAUAAAUCUCUAUCCCCGCCUCUGAGCCCACCCUCUGAGGGAAGCGGUUCACUUCCUCCCUACUGCCCGGGGCCCUAUUCUUGUUUUUAAAUAAACUUUUUAAAAGGAAAGAAAGUCACUCUUGCUAUCUCUUUUUUUCGUGUUUUUUUUUUUUUUUUUAGUUAGAGUUGGAACAUUCCUUGGACCAGGUGUGGGUGUCGCAGGCCCCUCCUGCCCUGCCCAUCUCUCUGUCUCCCCCUCUCUGCCCUUUCUCUCUCUCCCCCCUGCUCUUCCCUGGCUCCACCCUAUACCCACCCCAACCCCAGGACUGGCCUGGUACGUUGUCAUCUGUUAAAGAUGAGAUAAACUGAGAAAAAAAAUGAGAACAAAACAAAAAAAAAUUGUAUGGCAGUUUUUACUUUUUAUCGCUCGUUUUUAACUUCACAAAUAAAUGGUAACAAAACCUC